AUGGUAUGUAAUUAAUAUAUUUGUGUGGAUGGAUGGGGAGUGCAUGCAUAUAUGAGAUGAUCAUAAUGAAUCUGGAUACGGAUGGAUGAAGGAUGGAUUGUAUAGAUGGAUACUACCAUUUAUAUGAGAAAUAUAUAUUUUGGCAACGGAUCGGAAAACCUCUCGUGGAAGCUGAUCAGCAGCAGACUACUCAGAGAAAGAGAACUUUCCGCAAGUUCACCUACCGUGGUGUCGACCUUGACCAGCUCUUGGACUUGUCGUCUGAGCAAUUCAUGGAGCUCGUCCACGCCCGUGCCCGCAGACGUUUCCAGCGCGGUUUGAAGCGCAAGCCCAUGGGUCUCAUCAAGAAGCUUCGCAAGGCCAAGAAGGAGGCUGCUGCUGACGAGAAGCCCGCUACCGUCAAGACCCACCUUCGUGACAUGAUCAUUGUUCCCGAAAUGAUUGGUUCCGUCGUCGGUAUCUACAACGGCAAGGUCUUCAACCAGGUCGAAAUCAGAGCUGAAAUGGUUGGUCACUACUUGGGUGAAUUCUCCAUCUCCUACAAGCCUGUUCGUCACGGUCGUCCCGGUAUUGGUGCCACCCACUCUUCUCGUUUCGUUCCUCUCAAAUAAACAAAAAGAAGCCUUGUGCAGUUGUGUUGUGCUUAUAUAUAUAAUAUAUAUAAUAUAAAUUACAAAUGCUGUUUAUUACUUUAUAUUUCAUGCGAUGCUUUAUUUCAUUCAUAUCAGUCUAGUAACUCCAAAUGACCCUUGAUUGCACCACCAACACUGACGCGAUCAAUCAAAAACGUAUCAUGACCAAACAUGGCAUCUAGCUCAUAGUAUGUGACACGCUUGUUGCCUCCUGCCCU